AUGGCGCCUCUGCAGGUUUUCUUGUUUGCAUGCGCCAUUGCUCUUCUAGCUUCUUCAUCAAUGGUUUCUGCUGAAGUUAUCGAGCAUUCUUUUCAAGUGCAAAACCUUACUAUAAACAGGUUAUGCCGUAGACAAGUAAUAAAUGCAGUAAAUGGAAGUCUUCCUGGUCCAACUCUACAUGUACGUGAGGGCGACACCCUUGUUGUUCAUGUCUUCAAUAAAUUACCAUACGAUCUCACUAUCCAUUGGCACGGAGUAUUUCAGCUAUUGAGUGGGUGGGCGGAUGGACCGGAGUUUGCGACCCAGUGUGGAAUCCGACCGGGCAGUAGCUACACAUACAGGUUUAAUAUAACGGGACAGGAAGGAACCCUGUGGUGGCAUGCACACGUCUCAUGGCUACGAGCCACAGUUCAUGGUGCCCUCAUCAUCCGCCCCAAAAGUCAACGCUCUUACCCUUUCCCUAAACCUUUCAGAGAAGUCCCCAUCCUCUUAGGUGAAUGGUGGAAUGCCAAUGUUGUAGACGUGGAGAAUGAAGGGCUAGCUAGUGGUGCUACACCUAAUAACUCAAAUGCUUACACCAUUAAUGGCCAACCAGGCGAUCUUUACCCUUGCUCUUCUAAUAAAACAUAUAAGCUAAAGGUGAAACAAGGAAAAACUUAUCUCCUCCGUAUCAUUAAUGCUGCUCUCAAUAACCAGUUAUUUUUCAAGAUCGCGAAUCAUAAUAUGAAAGUCGUGUCAGUAGAUGCUGCCUACACCAACCCGUACAUCACUGAUGUAGUUGUUGUGGCACCUGGUCAGACGACUGAUGUCCUCCUGACAGCCAACCAAGCGCCUGCGGCGUACUACAUGGCUGCAAAACCCUAUGUUAGCGUAGUCGGGGUACCAUUUGACAAUACCACUACCACCGGAGUUAUAGUCUAUGAAGGUAUGGAUCUAGCUAGUUCAAAACCAUCAACUCCAAAAAUGCCAAUCCUACCAGCCUUCAACGACACAACAACAGCUCACAAAUUCUUCACCAAUUUGACUGGGCUUGUAACUGGGCCAUUUUGGAUUCCUCCCCCUCGCCAAGUGGACGAGCACAUGUUUGUCACUGUUGGGUUAGGCCUAAUUGCUUGUGGAGAAGCAGGAAAUGCAACAUGUGCAGGCCCAAAUGGGCAACGAUUUGCUGCAAGCAUGAAUAAUGCAUCAUUCCAAUUACCCACCAAGAUGUCAAUGUUAGAGGCAUUUUUCAACAAUGUCCCAGGGAUUUACACUACUGAUUUUCCAGACCAACCAUCAUUGAAGUUUGAUUAUACAAAUCCGAAUAAUAGCUUUAAUCCUGCAAUUAUAAUGACUACAAAAUCUACAAAGGUGAAGAAACUCAAGUUCAAUGCCACAGUUGAGAUUGUGAUGCAAAAUACUGCUUUGAUUGGGGUAGAAAACCAUCCAAUUCACUUGCAUGGAUUUAACUUCCAUGUCUUGGCUCAAGGCUUUGGCAAUUACAACCCCACAAUUGACUCAAAAAAAUUUAACCUUGUUAACCCACAAGAGCGUAACACUAUCGCUGUCCCGGUUGGAGGAUGGGCCGUUGUUAGAUUCCGAGCUAACAAUCCAGGUGUAUGGUUGAUGCAUUGUCAUUUGGAAGUGCAUAUGCCUUGGGGAUUAGCAACAGCUUUUGUCGUAGAGAAUGGGCCAACACCAUCAACCAAACUACCUCCACCACCACCAGAUCUACCUAAAUGCUCGUCUCCAUGAUAGUGUUUUCCCUGUCUUUUUUUUUUUGAGAGUAGCUUAUUAGUUUUUUUUGCAUAUUUCAGAAAUAAAUUUUUGUUCAAUAAAUUUUCUUUGCCAGUUGUACUAAA